AUGCCCUUUGAUAAUGUGACUGCUUCGGAAGUUCAGCGGAUGCGUGAGGGGCUCGGUGACGCGAAUGUGAAUGAGACCAGGGUCAUCAACUAUGCGAUUGCAAUAUCGGCGAGUGCCAUGCAACGUUAUGUGAGAAAGCGGUGCGAAGUAGUUGGUUUUUCAUCUGCAGAAGGUGCCGCUUCCAUGUACGGCGCAACAACUCAUGAUGGGGAUGCAAUAAAUAUUAACACAGAAGAGAUCUUCCCGAGACCCUCACUGUUCCUUCACCCACUUCCGGAUAAAUUAUCUGAAUACCCUACUGAACCUCCGCAAUUUCUUCUUGAUUCGGAACCGCUUGGGCAGGCACAGUUGAGGAAAGUGAAGGAAACCCCCGGUCCAUCUGGUUGCACGGAGCAGCCACAACCGCAAUGUUUCCAGAAUACGUUUUUGAUCAACGGUGGAGCACCGGAUGUCAUGACUGUAUUGCAGUCCGAGUGCGGUUUAUCGAUAUUCUCUCCGAACCCGAAAGUAAGGAACCACCGCCGUUCGUAUAUUAUGAGCCCGGAUGCCACUUCGUGUGUUAUUGUGGCGUGCCGAGUUGGGCUCAACCCCGCAUUUAGGUGCAAGGUAAUGUCAGCCAUGCAACAUACUGCACCAGAUGAGGUAGGGAGUAUCACACGAUGUUUCGAAACUUUUACUGCGGCAAUGUGCCACUUUGAUAAAAGCAGAGGAAUGGAGGUUCAACUUUAUAACGCACUCUGGGAGGUGGCACUACCCGCAUGGUUUUACGCCGCCGCGAGUGAUGAGAGUGAUGAAGUGUUGGACGCAGCAGAGCGGACCAUUUCGUCAUUGUAUCGUUUUGGUGGUUUACAAAACGUGGAUUCAGACGAAAAUGCGGUUCCUCCAUUGUUUCUGGUUGAGUGGUUUGUAGUCGGUGGUCUCUACGGGUCAGACGAUUCGACAUCUAUCCUCUACACACUCUUCAGCGCGUUUUUUGGCUCAGAGGAGGCGGGGAAUUGUUUCUUAAUGCCGUCAUUCUGUUUGUGGGAUGUACUGGCUAAUUCCUCCCACAGCACCGGAAGGAAACUGAUGACAAAACCGAUACAAGUAGCGCAUCGACUUCGUGAGGAUGGUUUAUGUUUCUGGAGUUUCAACACAGUACCGCGUCCCUGGCAUUUGGGAAAAGAGGGCGUGUUAUAUUUCUGUACAAUCAGCUGGGGGCUGUUAAUAGAUGUGGGUGGAGGCGGUUGUUGGCCUGUCGCGGUAAAGCCACAAACACGCGACUAUCCUCUGGCCGCACUCCGCCACAGUUUGAUUUCAGCUUCAUAUCGUUGGACAUGUCCACUACGAAGCGAAGGUUUACUGACGGUGUCCAGCGGCCCACUCACGGAUCGAGUUGCGGCAUACCUCUCUGUGAAGGCUGCAACUGACGAGGGUUGUUGUAAAGCCAUUUCGCUUUUGGAAUAUGUUGCCUUAUUUAUGCGGCGCAGGUUUGAGGAUGGCAGCGAUGGUGGUGUUGUACAGGGGCGGUGCCACUGCCCAAUAUUGGUACGGCGCUGCAGGUGGGAAAAACUAAAUCCAAGUGUUACUAUCCGGUUACUUUCUGAUGACAACCUGCUCCAGUUUUCCACAACGCCACACUGCGAACCCCCCGACUUCUCCGCUAUCAUGCGAGUUUCUUUCGAUUUCAGAGCCAAGUUCGGGCCGGAGGACGUAUUUUCCAGCGAUGUAUCUGGAAUACUUAUGUAA